AUGUCACUCUCUCUCGCUGCUGCUGACCUCGAGGUUAUAAGGAAGAAGAACUUUUUGUUUCACCUCUUCGGCCCAUUGAUGCAUAACUAUUUGUUCCAAAAAUUGGGAUGUAACGGUUAUGUCUACGAGUGUCUUGACUCGUAUGGUUUGGAGGCUUUCGUUGAGCUCAUUAAUGCCAACAAGGGCGUCACUUCAUGGAGCGACCUCAAGUACAUUGGAUCUGCCGUCACCAUGCCUUACAAGGUCGCUAUUAUUCCACACUUAGACGAAAUCGAUUUCAACGCCCAGUCUGUCGGUGCUGUCAACACAAUUUACGUCAGAUUCAAGGACGGAAAGGCCAUCAACAUUGGUACCAAUACCGAUACCGUCGGCAUCAGAGACGCUUUCCAAUACAACGUGCCUGAAGCUACUGCCAAAGGCCAAGGUAAACCAGGCCUUGUGUACGGCGGAGGCGGUGCCUGUCGUUCUGCCGUGUAUGCCUUGAAGGAGUAUUUGGGCUGUUCCAAGAUCUACUUGGUCAACAGAUUCGCUCUGGAGGUUCACAAAAUCCAAGAGGAAAUGGCUGCCAAUGGCUUCACAGGUGAAAUAGUUCACAUCGCCACGCCGGAACAGGCUCGUGAGGUUGAGUCUCCACAAUUAAUUGUUUUGGCUGAAAAAUUGGCCAGAAACACCUUGGAAGUGUUCAUUCAACAAGAAGAGAAGGGAGCUGUGCUUGAAAUGUGCUACCACCCCACACAGAUCACUCGUCUUUACAAUGCGUUCCAUGAGGCUGGUUGGGACGUUGUUGGGGGCAUCGAGGCAAUGAUCUACCAAGGAUUUGCCCAGCAAGUUUUGUGGACCGGAUACUCCUUAGAGGAGAUGCCCACCAAGGAUGUGGUCGACUAUGUCAGAGAGACAAUAGAAGAACCAUGUCUUAGACAUGACCUUGUCACCAUCAAGUUGUAA